AUGGGAUACGCCUCUCUUCAGCUGCAGAGGAAACCAGGGAACCAGCGUGUUGUAGUGUUGCCGAAUGAUUUCUACGUGGGCUUCUAUGCAACACAGGAGGGUUCAGCUAUGGGUUACCUGACUCUCCCUUACAGUCAGGAGCCUGACAUGUUUCCAGGUGUUGAUCCUACGCCCCAUGUCAAGACAUCUUUUGAUGACCUUGCAGUCUCUAGACGGAAACGCAAUAUCUUUUUCCCAAGUGGAGUCAAACUCUGUGCACAAGAGACCGCCGAGCAAGUUGCUGCAAACCACCUCAGCUACUUUUACCUCAGAGUGUGCCAGGAAACCAUAUGGGAGGCUUUCAAAAUCUUCUGGGACCGCCUGCCAGAGCAAGACGAGUACCAAAGCUGGAUGAACAAGUGCCAGGAGGGUGCUGUCACGGCACAAGAUGUUGGCAACUACUUCAGCCAAUCAGGGGAGCAUCAGACUCUGGUUAAAAAGAGAAAAUCUGCUUCAGCGUUACUAAGUCCUCCAACACCAGAGACACCUAAAGCUAUCGAUCCCCCUGAUAUUGAGCCCCACCAACUCCAAGAAUUAGAAGAAAAUGUGGACGAGGAUGAAAACGACAUUAUCCCGGUGCCAGAGGACAGUUCACAGGACAAUGACAUUGCCGUGGCGCCUCCCACCCCUGCUGUGCUGGAGCAGGUGGUAAAGCUCAGCAUCCUCCUUACCGGGGAGAUGUUUAACAACAACCUUGAUGAUCCGGACAGCCUCCAAUACCAAAUACUCAGCAAACAGCUUGAUGAAAAGAUAACAGAAGCUCUGGAAGGACUUCCUGGAUUUAAGAGUGUGUCCGUGCUAGACUUCAGACCAGAGAAGGACACCCAAGGGCAAGAUGGCGUGAUGGUGGACUUUGCCGUCACAUUGGUGGUGGAUGGAAAUGGAGCGACCAAUGAACAGAUGGACUACCUGACCCUACAGUCCAACCUGGUGGAGAAUUCAUACCGUGAGGUCAUGGAGCUGAAGCGUCCUACUGUCUACAACAUUAGCGAGAUCAAAAACUUUGUCACCGAAGCCAUGCAGCCACCCGAGCUUGAGAGCGUGUCUGAGGUCCCCGAGCCUUUAAACACCGCUGGAGGAGCCGCGGUCAAAGCUGCAGACGAGCCACAAGAGGUUGUGAUCAUCAGAGAGCACAAUGAAGAUGUAAACAAGGAGGACGUUCUCAGGGCUCUGCAGGCCACGGCAGAAAAUGAUGUCAUCGUCCUGGAGGAAAGUACAGUUGUGUCUCCUGCACCUGUCCUGACCACUGCUGCACCUGAAGCCCUCAGCAUUGAAGAGGAGGAUCUGUUGCUGAAGGAAGAUGUAAACCCCCCUCCAGUCAAGGAGCUUCCAGACAUACUUCUGCCUAAACCCCCGGUGGACGUUGAGUCCUCUGGUGUAGAAGACCUGGAGGUUACCACAAAACCAGCUGUAAUUUUUGAGGCUGACACAGAGACUGCUGAGGUGGCUGCUGUGGGAGAAAAACCAACAACUUUGACUCCAGAAGAGGAUCGUCUUAACGAUAUCGUUGCAGAGGAGGCAGAGAUUUCAGAGCAGCCGGAGACCUCCACUGUAGCAUCUGAGAUCACAGAGGAAGACCUACCUGCUUUAGCCCCACCUCCUGAAUCUGUAGAAGUUGUGACUGAAGCUUCAGUUCAGGAGACCCACUCUGAGGUACCUGUGAUUGAAGAGAGCCAGGGAAUAGAGAUGAAGGAAGAGGCUGCACCUGAAGCUCCUGCAGUGGAGGAGAAGGCUGUGGAAGCUCCAGCGAUCUCAGAAGAAGAUCUUACAGAGGAUGAAAUCAUACUGGUCAACAAAGAGGAGAUGGAGCCACAAGUGACAGGCACCCCGAGCCCACCUCAACCUACCGCACUGUCUCCAGAGAGGGAAUCACCAUUCACCAGAAUCUCUGACAUAAACCCGGUACAUGAUGGACAACCUGACGUCGUCAUCCCUUCAGUGGUGGAGAUCCAGGCCAUGAAUGAAGGACCUGAUGAUGCCACCCCCGGAGACCAGGAGUAUGAUUUGAUUCAGUAUGGUUAUGGUUUGAUCAAUCACACAGAGGAUGGCAGCACGGGUUUUCCAUUUAGCGUGGCACACGGCACUGACCAAGUCAGUAUCGCCAUGCCUGCAAACCCUGGAAGAGCUCUGAUGGUUUUCUUCAGCCUGAGGGUGACCAACAUGAUCUUCUCUGAUGAUCUCUUUAACAAGAGCUCCCCAGAAUACAAAGCUUUGGAGCAACGCUUCCUAGAGCUGUUGGUUCCGUACCUGCAGUCCAACCUGACUAACUUUGAGAACCUGGAGAUCCUGAACUUCAGGAACGGGAGCAUCGUGGUGAACAGUCGGAUGAAGUUUGGAAAGCCUGUGCAACAAGCUGUUACCAGCACUGUCUAUCUGAUCCUGGAGGACUUCUGUAACACGGCCUACCAGACCAUGAACCUUGCCAUCGAUAAGUACUCACUGGACGUGGAGUCAGGUGACAGAGCCAACCCCUGUAAGUUCCAGGCGUGUAACGAGUAUGCAGAAUGUAAAGUGAACAAGUGGUCCGGGGAGGCGGAGUGUGUCUGCAACGCGGGCUACUUCAGCGUGGACGACCUUCCCUGUCAGAGUAUCUGUGACCUGCAGACAGAUUUUUGCCUCAAUGACGGCAAGUGUGACAUCAUCCCGGGCCAGGGAGCCAUCUGCAGGUGUCGCGUCGGGGAGAACUGGUGGUACAGAGGAGAGCACUGCGAGGAGUACGUAUCCGAGCCGCUGGUGGUCGGCAUAGCGAUCGCCUCUGUGGCUGGAUUCCUGUUGGUGGCCUCUGGAGUCAUCUUCUUCCUCGCCAGGACGUUACGGGAUCAGUAUGACAAGGAUGAGUCAGAGGACCCCAUUAGGAGGGCUGAGAGUCUGCCAUCGCUGGAGAGGGCAACAAAGUACAACCCCAUGUAUGAGAGCGAGGCCACUACGGGUUACAGCCACUACUAUCGCCGGUAUCCUGAAGCGCCCGUGUACAGCAGUGCCAGCGCAGAGGCCUCCACUGACUUCAGCAGCGAGGAGAUACGACACAUCUAUGAGAACAGUGAACUGACCAAGGAGGAAAUCCAGGACAGGAUACGCAUUAUUGAGCUCUACGCUAAGGACCGGCAGUUCGCAGAUUUUGUUCGGCAUCAUCAAACUGUCGUGGAUACCCGCAGAGAGAGCUCCUCUGUACAGGCAUAAAGUUCUCCUGUGAACAACAAGAAACAUGCCUCUAUGUUAAAAAAACUGAAGCCGCCUGUCAAGAAUCUCCACUCGUUCAUCACUCAGAGUCUGGAGCGUUCAAGGCGGACUUCUUCUUCAUUCAGCAGACUAUUAUGCUACAGACCAAUGAACCCUCUCAUCAUCUGGGUAUGUCCGGAUCUUGCCCGAACCUGCCUGUUUGGGCAGGAGCACUGACUGUUCUUCGUCCUUCCUCGGUGCCUUCUCUUGACUGUGAGCUGGCUGCGACAUCAAGGGACGUGUUCACAUUUGUCAUAUAAUGGACAACUCCCUGCUGGGAAAACUGGACCGCAUCCUGAUACUUGAAAUUUUGGCAGACACAUCAAACCUGUCUACAGUAGAAUUCUUCUUUAGGGGAAUCAUCAGCUCUGUCUCACAAUGUCAUAUCUAUCCACUUUUUAAUGGAAGAACUUAAAACUGUGAAUAUGUAAAUAGUGUUAUUAUUUGGAUAUUUGAUAGAUGAGAUGUUGUAAACAGUUCCCUGUAUAUUCUGUCUCUAUGAAGCUCAGUUUUACUCUUUAGGUCUUUUCAUAGGGGCACUGGGAAAGCUGCAUUUUUUUUAGUCCAUGGUGCUAUCAAAAAUUAAAAUACUGUAUGGAAUAUAGUUGCAUAUAAAGACUAACCUUUACAGAUUCAAAAACAAUUAAAAUGGGUCAUCUUAAAUGACACUUAACAUUAAAAUAAAAGCUCAAUAUUGAUGGAAAUAGUUUUAUAACUUAUCUGUUAGGAAGUUGGAUAAGAAGAUCUUUUAUCUGUCAAUCCAAUAUGAAACUAACUUCAAGCAACCAUUAGCAUAGCUUAGCAGAAAAGACAGGAAACUAGGAGAAAUCCAGCUCGCCUGGAUCUGUUAAAAGUCAACAAAAUUUGUAUGGAUGUAUUGAAGAACAAUAAUGUAACACGAACCAGAAGGACACUGCAGAGCACCGACCGAUGUCAAGGCUAAUAGUCCAAUUUUCAAUGAAAUACUUGUGCAACUACUUUAAGAAUUGAAUUUGGUCAAAGUUAUCACUUGUUGAUGAGUCGGAUCUGCUAUUACUCUUCAAUGACAUCCUUAACCACCACCCCCCCCACACACACUAACACACACUCACACAAACCCUUCCAGUAAUCCUGCAGACAAACAAACAGCACCAAAGACAGAACUUCUGAGGUGAAAGUAAUUGGUAAGCUUUGAAGCUUUGUGCAACCAAAGCUCACUAAUUACGGAUUUUACAGAUUAAUUGCAGAGAGUAGGCGCAUUUAAACUGGACGGAGCCAGGCUAGCUGUUUCCCCCUGUUUACAAUCUUUGUGCUGAACAGUUAAAUGGCUGCUGGCUGUAGGCUUAUAUUUAAUGUACACAUGUAAAAAUGUUUUUCAGUCCGUUCAAAAAUAAUCCUUGCCAGAGAGCAGCUAUCCAAAAAAAAGUCAAAUUGUUUCUUUAGAGUGGCCAAAUUCAGUGCUAGUGUCCAUUAAUGUCAAAUAACCCAAACAUGAAGUAGAGUGGACGUCCAUUUUCUACCUAUUUUGGGUCCAUCUAUCAAAAACUAUUGUGUAAGUUAGUAAAUGAGUGGUGAGCUAGAUGUGAGAAAGGGAAAACAGUGGUGAUGGGACACAGGUAGAGAGUAUAAACUCACUGGAUCCUGAAAUAACUGAAAACAUGUUACAGGAGGGAAAUACUGUGGGGCAGGUGGAGCAUGGAUUCGAUGAAAUGUUGAUUUGUACUGUUGGAUGUAACAAGAUGAACAACUUGUACACUUGAACAAGACAAUCUCAAGCCAUGUCUCCUGAUAAAAACUUCAAGUCUACGAGCAGUACUUGAAAAAUGACUUGCACUUCAAAUAUUUCUCUGGCCGUGCUCCUGCUCCUCAAUCUGGAACCCUCUGAUGGACUAACUCAUGUGAUUUGUUCUGUAUUUUCAUGUUUCCCUCUGGGCUAGUUAUUCUUGAUCCAACUUGUUUUUUAAUGGACCUUACAGCUGCAGCAAAGUGUGAUCAGUAUAUAUUUUCCUUUGUUGUUGUUGUUGGCUAGCAUGACCUCUGACCUCUCAGGGUCAGAAUCAGCAGAUUAUGUCCUAGCUUCUUGUUUACAUUACAUGCUUCUUAACUUUGCUCUUAUUUUGGAGGUCUGCAUGAGCAAAAAAACCCAGCAGGAGCAGACUUCUGUUACAGUGUCAUGCCUUUUCUGUGUGCUUAUUCAGUUUUGUUUUAUAUGCAUGUUUUUGGGAUUUGUUUUGUUUUUUAAUUUCAUCAUAUAGACCUGUCAAUAAUCUCCAUGCCACCAGUACUGAGGGACAAUCAUCAAACACGCAGUGUUCAGCCAUGUUCAUGACAUCAGAGACAUUACUAACAGUAUAAAUCAUGUGUUUGUCAUUCUAUGAACAUAUUCUUUUUAUACUGAUUAACUGUUUCAUCAUUUAACAGUGUUAAUAUAAC